AUGCUCUCCGCUAUGCGCGUGCAGCGCGUGGCCUUGCGCAAUGGGAAGCGCGCGUACAGUGAUAUGAUGACCGUAGCGGAGAAGCCCAUCGUACGUCAGGGUAUAGCCGGCCGUAGCUCCGUUAGUGGCUCGGUCGCGACUGUCUUUGGCUGCACUGGCUUCCUCGGCCGUUACCUCGUUCACAAGCUCGCCAAGGCUGGAACACAAGUCAUCAUUCCGUACCGCGACGAGGACGAAAAGCGCUUCUUGAAGGUCACUGGUGACCUUGGCCAGAUCGUGUCCAUGGAAUGGGACCUCCGCUCUGACGACCAAAUUGCCGAAUGCGUGCGCCACUCCGACAUUGUGUACAACCUCGUCGGACGGGACUAUGAGACGAAGAACUUCACGUACGAGGACGUGCACGUUACCGGCCCGGCACGCAUCGCGUCUAUUGCGCGGGAUGCGGGUGUACCGCGCUUCGUCCAUGUCUCCCACUUGAACGCGGACGCAAACUCGAGCAGCGUCUUCUACCGCACAAAGGCGGAGGGAGAGCAGGCUGUCAAGGAGGCGUUCGGAGACGCUACCAUCGUCAGGCCUGCACCCAUGUUCGGUUACGAGGACAAGUUCUUACAGAACAUUGCCACGUGGCCGAUCUGGUGGAAGCUGAAUCACGGCCAAACGCGCACUCGCCCGGUGCACGUAAUGGACGUCGCACAGGCUCUCAACGCUCUGCACUCCAUGGGUCCCCUUCCGCAAACUCUCAACUUGCCGGGCCCAACAACGCACACUUACGCCUACCUCCUCGACCUCGUCUCCACCCUCACCUACAACCCACCAUCCCGUGCACCAGUAGUGCCCAAGGCCCUCGCCCAGCUCGCAACCAAAUACGCCGACAAGGCGCUCUGGUGGCCCAUGCUCACGCCGGAUGAGGUCGAGAGGCGAUUCAUUGACGAUGUCGGUGCUGGGGAAGACGAUGAGUUCGUCGGUGAUUGGAACGUCGUGGGCGUGCAGCCGGAUGAGAUCGAGAAGCAUGCGAUUACUUACGUGAGGAGGUACCGCUCCGCGGUCAACUACACACGGCCGAUUGUGUUGCCACCCAAGCCGACGCCUGCGUAG